ACCGAAUGUGAUCGCCAUUUCUUCACAUCUCAUAACAAUGGUUCCUCAUCGAAUCGCACAACUUCUAGUUCCACUUCCACGUCCUCGUCUUUAACCUUCUACGCUUCCAAGCUGUUGAUGCGUCGCCUUUUUGACUAUGCAGAAGAGGAAUUCUUUGGGGACUGCGAGAUCACAGAGGAAUUUUUGGAGAGUCUAGAGGACUUUAGCGGUGAACCAAAAAAUAAUAUCCUCAUAGUCAUCCUGCUCCAAAAAUGGGUCGACUUCCCGCCUACUACGAAGUGGGCAACUACGGCGACGGGCGAGAAGGAUAUGCGUAUGCCUACGUAGAGGCUACUGCUGAAAGAGGGAAUCCGAGGUCGGUGCUGGAAGCCUUGGAGACCUUCCACAAGCGCUGGUCAAUGCUUCAUGUAGGUCCACUGAAAGGCGAGAUCUUAGACGAUGCAGUGCGACAAGCAGCACUUAGUAGAAUGCAGGAAGAGCAGAGGAGUGAAGACCGAAAGAGAGAUCUUCCAGAUGAACAACGAGUACAACAUCGAAGAAAAUUUGUAGCCUUGGAAGUUGGUGGUUACAUCGGAUAUUCUGCUGUACGUAUGGCGAAAACGUUACUGGAGCUUACAGAUGAUACGAUGAAUAGUAGCGAAAAACAAGAGUCCUCAUCUCGUCCUUUUCUAGUCGUAUCCUUAGAGAGGAAUGCUGAGAAUGCUUCUUAUGCGCGGAAAAUUGUGGAGUUUGCUGGCGUACACGAUUGCGUUAAGGUCAUUCAAGGGAGCUUACAAAGGGAUGAGCAGGAGGAGGAAGAGGCUCCUGGCUCACCACUCCCAGAACUAGAACUACCUGGAGACGAUGAAGAUGAGGGUUCUUGUUUCAAGAUAAAUAUGAAUCCGGAAUUGAGAGAAUAUUUGAUGGCCGUGGAUAAAGAAGAAGAUGAUGAAACAACCCCUUUGAGAAUAUGUCCUUGCGCAAUGACGAUGAGAGGUGCAGCUUUGAAUUUUGACGAGGACACCAGGAGUCAGGCAAAUGGACAACAGAGGACAAGUCUUCAAACAAGUGGUCGAACUGUAGUGACCACAGUUGCUCCAUCAGCAGCGGACCAGCAGGCGUUAGAUACAUUGGCGGUCUUGAAUUCAGAUUUGAGACCUGUCGAUGUCGCUAGGCGAGAGGUCCGCGCACUGCAGAUGGCCCUAGAGGCGCAGAAGCUGUCGCUGCAAAAGAAUGCCACCCCUCUGAGAACGAAUCCUUGCACAACGACACCGGAGAUUUCGUCAAGUCGUGCCUCUACAUUCAGGGGUGUCUCUCCCUCAACAUCUCCCUCAACAACAACAGCAACUUCUUCAAGUAGUACUCCCCUCAACAACACUAGCACUAGUUCAAGUUCUUCUUAUCGUCUAGCAGGGGUCAACCUCCUUUUCCUUGACCAUCAGAAAGCCAGGUAUUGUAGGGAUUUGAAGAUGCUAGAGGCUUGGGACGUAGUCCAAGCAGGCACUUUCGUGGUCGCAGACAAUGUAGCAUCAAAGGACCACUUGGCGAAUAGGGCAAAGGCUGUGGCAAGAGGAAAGCGGAAGGGCCCUUGUAGAUGUGUGAAUAGAGCCUGUGACUUGCUGCAUCAUGUGGGCUACUAUGAUGGAAGUAAGAAAGUAAAAGAAGAGAUAAAGGAGGCUGAAUGUGUGAGGGGAAGCACUGAAGAUCAUCGAGGUGAAGAUUUUUACGAAGGCAGAUGUACGUUCGUAAAGAUGCUCCAGGAUGCUGAGAAGGCAUCAAAGAAUGUUGAGUCAACCAGAACUAUCCCCUUGUCAACAUCCUCUAAUGCAAGUCAGUAUGAAAGCAUGGUGUAUGCACCAGAGGGCAGCGAAGACGGCAUUUGUGUCGCUUUGCGAAUACGAUAG